AUGCCCAAAGAUUUCGCCAUUGAGCUUCACCAUUGCAGAGAAGAUUCUCAGAGAAGUGAGCUUUUGUUGACUUGGUUUACAAAUUUGUUGAAUUUAAAAGACGAAUAAGAGCAAAAUAUAAUUUCUUAAUACUUUGAGAAUAUCUAUGACUUCACAAAGAAGUAACAGUUUUCAGACACUAAAAUGGCUUGUAUUCUUGAAAUCAUGCUGUAUCUAAUUAGACAGCUUUUAGAAGACACCAUUAGUGAAGAGUAAAGCUUUAAAAAUUUCAAGGAACUUCUUCUCAGACACAGUGUCUAGCGACCACCUCACUCUCUGGCAAUUUUCAAUUUAGACGAUGUAAAGUUAAUUAAUGAGCAUGUUUAGGAGACUUACUACAGGUAUUAUAACUACUACCUAUACGCUUUAACUAGCAGACAAAUCUUGUAACUUAGAACUGAGCCACUAAUACAAGUUGAAGAUCCAGUGCUAGAUAGACUAGAGCAUGCAAAACUCAUUCCAGCAAGAGAAAUAGACGACUUAAGGCAGUUCUUCUCAUAUGAUGAAUUGAUGCAGAUUGAAAAGGAGAAUGAAUACAUGCUUAGAGGUCCUGGCAGAAUAGAAAGAAUAAUGAGAGAAGAGAUGGAUAAACUUGCAUCUCAUAUGGAAGAUAGAAUCAGGAAAUAAGAUGAAGAAUUCUUGCAGAAAGUCAACCCAACUAAGAAAUGA